GUGCUUUAUUAUCCGGCUUUUUGUUUGCAGACGCGCGUUUAAAAAUUGUAUUGGAUUCCUUUAUAAAACAGAAAGCACAUUGAUUUGAGGAUCAUUUGUAUCAUGCACCAGCCCGGAAGCAUAGCUGAGGAAUUGCCGAGCACAUCAGAAACACCAGUCGACGGUGAACUUAAAAAACCGGAGACCCAAACGAAUAAAAUAUUUUCACGUUGUCAUUCAAUUGUACUGACGGAAGACGACUACAAGUUAAGAAUUUCGGAUACUUAUCAGAAGCGAUUGCAGAACCUGCGCAAGGAGUUGAAUUACAUAAGUGAGACAGACUGGAUGUAUGAAUCCGUUGAGAGAAAGACGCUAUAA